AUGUUUUCUCGCUCAUUAUUCUUCUUCUUUGUGUUUGAUAUUGUGCUUGGUGUUAUUGAUCGAGGCGUUGAGAACACGGUCAUUGUCAUUGAAGUUGUUGUAGAGGAAGGGCCUGAAGAUCAAAGAGAGAAUGAAGGGGAGCUUUUAUGUAUUGUACUGAUGCUGCAUAAUUCUUGCAGUUCUGUCUUAAAAGCUUCAAGCCUUUCCACUUCAGCUUUUUUUUCGUCAAGACUAUCAAUGGAUUCCAUGGAAAGGUUCUUGCUUCCAGAAUUUCGCCCCAAAACAGUGCGUCGCUGGUGCAUUGUUCCAUUGGACACGGCCAUAGAUUUGUUCAUACAUGAAGAAGAGCUAGGAGAAUUUAAUCUAUUCAUUGUAGUUUGGUCAGGGGAUAAGCCUUCAAUUAUAUCAGUGGCCUUAAUGGAGUCAUUUGCAGAAGCAGUUUUAUUUUGGCUUGUGAAAUUUUCACAGGGCUUGUUGGACUCAUCUACACAAGCACUGUUAUUUUGGCUUGCAAAAUCUUCACAGCUUUUGAUAUCUUCAGAUAGAGGCAAUGAGACUUCAAUUGAAAUUGUUGACAACCUUUGGUCGACUGCAAGAUAA